UGAGGUCAGCUGGUCAUUGGUGUUUGUUUACAUUUACUUGAAAAGCUCCGUGUCUGCGACAAGCUCACGUCGCCAGUUACGCGGGGUUGCUUGACACACGCAAGAUGGCCUCCUCACAAUCCACGAAGCCUUUUGUGACUAAAUUUCAUGGUAAAACUCAGCUAACCUCGACCGAAUUUAUGGAAGUUUUCAGAAAAUUCGAUAAAGAUGGUAAUGGCUACAUUGAGGCGAGAGAAUUGGAUCCCUUUCUGCUAGAACUUUUCGAAGCGCGAUAUCAUGGUUUGGCCAAAGACAAGGUGAAAGAGAUGAGAGAACUUAUUUUAGAGAGAUACGACAAAAAUUAUGAUGGCCGUUUAGAAAUUGACGAGUUAGCACAGAUCUUACCAACAGAACAGAAUUUUCUUCUGCAGUUUCACAGAGAAUCCAAAAUAUCCAGUGUAGAGUUUAUGAAGAUUUGGAAUCAUUAUGAUGCUUAUCGUGAAGGAUACCUGGAGAAAAAGCAUUUACGGGGUUUCUUCAAAGAUCUACUGACUGUAAACAAUCCACAUGUUAGUCCACAAAGAAUUGAAGAGUUGGUCAAUGGAGCACUGGAUUCAUUUGACAAGAACCAAGAUGGAGAGAUAGAAUUAUCCGAAAUGGCCAAACUUCUACCCGUGGAAGAGAAUUUUCUUUCCAAAUUUCAGAUCAGAGAAAACCUCUCUAGAUCGGAAUUUGAGAAAAUCUGGUACCACUACGAUCAGGAUCACAAUGGUAGUAUUGGCGGCGCUGAGCUUGACGCCCUUAUAAGAGAUUUGUACAUAAAGAAUAAUAAGGAGCCACCAGACAUGAAAACCAUCAGUGACCAGCGUGACAUGAUUAUGAGGUUUGCAGACCGUGAUGGUGAUGACUCCAUACAGAAGGAAGAACUCGGUAUGUUUUUCUCAGUGGCGCAGUCAAGACGAGUUCAAGAAAUUAAGGUUGAUGUGGAGGUAAGAGAAGCGGAGAGAAAAGCCGAAAAAGAUGCUGAAAAGCAAGAACAAGCGAAAAAGCCCGACGAUGGAGGCUCUACUGACGGAAGCACAGGAUGUUGCUGGCUUCUGUGAUUAAAGCGAGCCAUGAAAUACACAGAGAUGUCCUUUGCACGACUUGUUGGAGUGUCUUCGACUACGAGGCGUGCUGCCUUAUCGAUUCAGCCUGUUGCCAUGGUUGCUGCAACGUGUCAGUAUAUCGGUAUAGCAAAUUGACACUGCUAAAUAAAAUGUUAAUUCGAAGUAAUGCUUAGAACAGACUACUACAUUUGAACAAGAAGAGUUUCACAACUCAUGAGUUUUAUUAUUGUACGCCAAAAUCGCUAUAAUAACCACAGAUAUCACUACCUCCUCCAAACCCUAUCUUUGUCCUCUGACGGCGACCUGAUCAAGGAAAUUAUUGCCUCCAUAUAUUUCAUUUACUGACUACAUUUAACACACAAUAAAGUAAUGAAAAUGUUUAA